AUGUCGAGGACGGGGGGCGCAGGUGCGAAACAGCGGCUCAUGAGUGAGAUGAGGAACUUGAGAAACGAGAAAUGGAUACACUUUGAAGACGACGAAUCAGGGAACCUGUUGAAGUGGCGGUUUGCUUUGAUGGUUAUCAACUCAGACAGCGCGUUCAACGGCGGCUAUUUCAAGGCCGAGAUGGUUUUUACCGACGACUACCCCUUCAGUCCGCCAAAGUUUCGCUUCCUAAUUCCAAUUACACACCCCAACAUCUACCCCGACGGGCAGCUCUGUAUCUCGAUUCUACACAAGCCCGGAGAGGACCUUAUGUCGGGGGAAGCAGCGAGCGAGCGUUGGUCCCCCCUGCAAGGCGCCGAGAGCGUGCUCCGGUCGGUGCUCCUAUUGCUGGACGACCCAGAGAUCAGCUCGCCCGCCAAUGUUGACGCAGGCGUCAUGUACCGCGACCGCCGGAGCGAUUACAACGACCGGGCGCGAGCUACGGUCGAGAAAUCCAAGAAGGACAUCCCCGAGGGCUUCGAGAUGCCGCGGAGUUUUGAGCCCGCACCGCCGAUCAAGGCCGAGAAUGACGACGACUUUUGGGCCGAAAGCGACGAGGAGCUCGACUUUGGUGGCAGCGACACGGGUGACGAGGACGAAGACCAGGACAUGAGAGAUUUUGAGGACGAGGGAGAUGAGGAAGAACACGACGGGAGCGAGGAAGAAGAUGGGGAAGAUGACCCAUAA